CUUCAUGCAAGAGUCAUUGGGCUUGCACCAAGUACCACACGACUACUCGACCGCUCAUACUAACCUCACUCGUCCAAACCAGAUCGUUCGACAUGGCAUAUCCUGCAGUAAGCUCGGUGAGAAGGCCCCUUCCGCGGUAAAAGCCCUCGACGUUGUCUGCUUGCUUGUUCCUUUUGUUGAUCUCGUGGUCCAUGGGGUUCAUGGCAUCUAUUUAACUAUAUAAAUGAUGUCCAGUACGCAGUCCUGCCCAAAUGUGAAAGCUGGAACCUAGGAUAGGGGCACUACGAAAAUGGAAACCACUGAUCAGUCUGAACAACUCUGUUUCUCCUUCAUUCCACUCCCGACCAUGGACACCAAGUUGAAUGACCUCGCUUCUCGUGUGGUAGAAGCUAACCGAGCACGCGACGAACCCGAAGACGACGAUGCGAUCUUUGCUGAAUUGGAGGCCGAGAUCGAGAACGACGAGAAUGCCGCGUUCCGUGAACGGGGCUUGCAGCAACUUAGGCUUCAGGUGGACAAGCUGAAACACAUGCAAGCCAAUGCCUACGGUACUUAUUCAGAAAUCGUGGAUGAGAAGGAGAUCAUUCGCAUAAGUGCACACGAUCCGCGCUGCGUGAUUCACUUCUACCACAGCAACUUCAAACGCUGUGAGAUCAUGGAUAAACAUCUAGCCAAAUUGGCACCGAAAUAUUCCGCAACGCGUUUCCUUCGCGUCUUCGCGGAGAACGUGCCGUGGCUGGUGCAGCGGCUGGGCAUUAAGGUCCUUCCGUGCGUCAUGUCCUUCAUGGAUGGUGUGAUGAAGGAUCGUCUCAUAGGGUUUGAAGAGAUUGGGAACAGUGACAUCUUUGAGACUGCUGUACUUGAACUCAGACUUUCUCAGAGCGGUGUGCUACAGAAAGCUGCCGACCAAUUAGGGGCUCUAUCUUACUCUAUUUCUCCAGCGAGUGGAAGAAAUAUACGGACGAGGGCUGCCGAUGACGAGGAUAUUUUUGAUUUGGAUGAUUAGGGA